AUGGUGGCGUCAACCUCAACUACUGUCAAGGAAGGAAGCACUUCCACUCAGCCUCCAGCCACAAGCACGACCACGGUGGCAUCAUCGUCAACUACUGUCAAGGAAGGAACGACAUCCACUCAGCCUCCUACCAUGAGCACGACCGAGGUGGCAUCAACGUCAACUACUGUCAAGGAAGGAACGACAUCCACUCAGCCUCCUACCACUAGCACAACCAUGGUGGCGUCAACCUCAACUACUGUCAAGGAAGGAACGACAUCCACUCAGCCUCCUACCACUAGCACGACCAAGGAGGCAUCAACGUCAAACUACUGCUCAAGGAAGGAACGACAUCCACUCAGCCUCCUACCACUAGCACAACCAUGGUGGCGUCAACCUCAACUACUGUCAAGGAAGGAACGACAUCCACUCAGCCUCCUACCACUAAUACGACCGAGAUUUGGGCCAUCAUCGUCAACUACGUGUCAACGGAAGGAGAGCACUUGCCACGCAGCCUCCUACCACAUAAGCACGACCAUAGGAGGGCAUCAGCGUCUAAGACUACUGUCAAGGCGACAGAGAACCGACGAUCCACUCAGGUCCUCCUACCACUUAGCACAACCAUCGUGGCCGCUCAACCUCAACUACUGUCAAGGAAGGAACGACAUCCACUCAGCCUCCUACCACUAG